GUGCUUUCUUUCUCUCUUUAAUUUCUCUUCCCCUGAAAAAACUCAGAUUCAGUUUUUUCUUUUUUUUUCUUUUUUUCCCUAAAAUAAGAGAACGAAAACUCAGAUUCAAUUCAAAUAAUUAUUCAAAGCUUUUUAUUUAUCUUUAUAUUUAUAUUUAGAUUUUUUGUUAAGAGAAUAAGGGAUAGUAGCGAUAAAAAGAUAAGGAUGCAGCAAAACAGUGGUUCGGAUUCGCAACCGUCGCAGGAACAGAACCAGCGGCAGCAGCAACAGUCUCAACAACCGCCGCAAUCACAGCCGCAGUGGGUGGCGAUGCAGUAUCCGGCUGCAGCUAUGGUAAUGCAGCAUCAAAUGAUGCAGCCGCAGCAUUUCGUGGCGCCGCCACCUUCACCUCAGCAGUAUAUGCCUUACCAUCAUCACCAUCAACAAUACCAGCACCACCAUGGCCACGUGCAACACUCGCAGCAGCAGCAAGGAUCUGGCGGCGGCGGCGAGAACAAGACCGUCUGGGUUGGUGAUUUGCAUCAUUGGAUGGACGAGAACUAUCUUCAUAGCUGCUUCGCUUCCACCGGAGAGAUUGCGUCCAUUAAGGUCAUUCGCAAUAAGCAGACUGGUCUAUCAGAAGGAUAUGGGUUUGUGGAAUUUUUUUCACAUGCAACAGCAGAGAAAGUUCUGCAAAAUUAUGGUGGCAUUUUGAUGCCAAAUACGGAACAACCUUUCCGUCUCAACUGGGCAACUUUUAGCACAGGAGAGAAGCGCUCAGAAAAUGGUCCGGAUCUUUCUAUAUUUGUAGGAGAUUUAGCUGCAGAUGUCACUGAUAGCCUGUUGCAUGAAACUUUUGCUAGUAAAUAUUCUUCUGUUAAAGCUGCAAAAGUUGUAAUCGAUGCUAAUACUGGUCGAUCGAAGGGUUAUGGUUUUGUGAGGUUUGGAGAUGAUACUGAGAGGUCACAAGCCAUGACCGAAAUGAAUGGUGUAUAUUGUUCUAGCAGGCCUAUGCGUAUUGGGGCUGCAACUCCCAGGAAAUCCUCUGGUUAUCAGCAACAAUAUUCGUCACAAGGUGGAUAUGCAUCAAAUGGUGCUUCAAAUCAAUCUGAUGGAGAUUCUUCCAACACAACAAUAUUUGUUGGAGGGCUUGACCCUAAUGUCACUGAGGAAGACCUAAGGCAACCUUUCUCUCAGUAUGGUGAAAUAGUCUCCGUUAAAAUACCUGUUGGAAAGGGAUGUGGCUUUGUACAAUUUGCCAACAGGAACAAUGCUGAGGAGGCACUGCAGAAGUUGAAUGGGACAGUUAUUGGCAAGCAAACAGUGCGUCUUUCUUGGGGUCGCAAUCCAGCUAAUAAGCAGUUUAGAGCUGAUUAUGGUAACCAGUGGGGUGGAGCUUACUAUGGAGGGCAGGUCUAUGAUGGCUACGGAUAUGCUCUUCCACCACCUCAUGACCCGGGCAUGUAUGCGGCUGCUGCAGCCGCAUAUGGGGCUUAUCCUAUCUAUGGCAGUCAUCAGCAGCAAGUAAGCUGAAGUAAUAACAGCAGGAGAGAACUUGUAGCUCUAGUAAGUAGGCACUCACACUAGAGGGGGGGGCAAACUACCUUGUUAGUUGUUACUCCGUAGCUCUCUUGGUUCUGUAGAAUCCUUAUAAAAUCCCUCCGAAUGUGGAGUGGAACUGAAUUUUGACCCCUUCAGUAGCUUUCUAGGGAUUGGAUUCAUUAUUUGUUUAAUUCUAUGUGAGUUAAAAGGGAAAACUCGGUGGUUGGAAUAUAUGACUUCGCUGACGUGUGUGGUAGUUUGCUGCAUGAAUAAACGUUGCUUCAUAAAUAAGA